AAACAAACUGAUUCAUGACACCAUUGUUUCAAAGCCCGGAGGACACAGUGAGGUUAGGGCCUCAAUCACAAGUCACAGCCACAAAUUUCUUGCUACGGAUCUCUCUCUAAAAAAACCUGAAAGAGGGGAAGACUCAGGUGAAAAGGAAAAACGAAAAUAGGAGAGAUAGUUGGCUUGGGGCAGCCCCCUCUUAUUUAGAGGCUAUUUUUCAUUCCCCAUUUGCCCCUAGAUAUUUAAGAGCAAACUAGCUAGCCAUAGAGACAUUCUAGUCCAACUCUUUCUCUCUUGAUCCGACGGCCACCGCGCCUCCUCACCGGUAGCCUCGCUCCGAAACGAUCUCCGAUGCUGCCACGUGUCGUCCGUCCGCAUCGGGACCUCCGCCCAGGUUUUGAGGCCCAAACCCGCGAAACCCACCGCGAGUAGCGUACUCCAUACGCUUUCCCGCCACUCGACACGUAUCACCGUCGUCCUCGACUGGCCGGUCCGCCAAGUCCUCCUGAGCCUCGCUCGACUCGCGUCCGCCGUCUUGACUUGGUCAACACGGUCACUCCCAUGUACACUUGCACUUGUCGAUGUUCCAGAUGUCAGCCACUGCGGUUGGUCACCCAGCCUCCUGGUCUGUCAGUCCAAGCCUCACGUCCGUCCUUCACCGCUCUAGGUCCAUCGGCACGUCUCUACUUGACCUUCACCUCGCCGUCGACCACCGCCUCCGAGCUCUACAGCUGAACACCACAAGCCAAGAGACAUGUCGUACACAUAGCUUUCGCCAUGGUAAUGUUAGUCACCAACUCAACAUAUUCGUGGAUCACGUUGACAAUCACUCAUCACAAAACGUACCAUAAGGGUACUUCUCGACCUUGUGUUCGCAAUAUCUUUAGAUCCAUUUUUUUUCUCAAUCAUACAACGAGGUAUGUAUUUCAUUAAGAAGUAGAAUUGUUCAAUUACAUAUUUAAAUAAUAAUCCAAGGAUUGCCACAACAAGGGAAGCAACCCAAAGUUUACAAGCCGGCACUAUGAAAGAACACGCAGACGACGCAGUUGCCUGAAACCUGCCAAAUAUGUCAACCAAACCGCAUUGUUGGAAUCGCCGCGGCUCUUGUCCGUUUGGUGGGCUGGCCGCCGCGACGUGCUACGCUACGCUACGCGAAUUGCAUUGCUUUGUUCCUGCAGAAAGAGCUUCACUAAAGAAUUGGCAUAUGCCAUUGACGCCAACUCGAUCGACCCUUAUCUGUUUCUUAAGCCUGUGCAGGGAACACUCAACUCUGAGCUCCGAUCGCUCAUGCCAGCGGCACCGAUGAGCGGGGAAGAUCAUCAGCACCGCGGCCUCCGUGGCCGCCUCUUCUCCGGGUUCUUCUCCACGUCUCCCUCACAGAACCACCGUUCCAGCGAGCAGGUCGCGAAGCUGAUGGAGGAGCUCGAGAGGCAGAGGGAUCUCAAGGAGACGUACAAGGCCCGGCUGGAGAGCACGCAGGAGUACCUCAGGUUCUGCCUCGAGGUCGCCCAGGAGCACGGCUUCCUGCACCUCAUAUCCGACGGCGGCGCGCCGCCGCAGCAGUCGCCGCACGGCGACGCUGAAGCCGAGCCCGCGACGACGGUCGACGCGGACGAAGACGACGACCCAGCGGAGGCGCCGCCCUGCGACGAUCCGUACCUGGCCGCCACCCGCGACCUAGCGGUGCAGCACGGCUGGUCCGUCGUGCCGGACGAGAUCGAGCUGCACGAGGUGAUCGGCCGGGGCACGACGGCGGACAUCCACCGGGCGACGUGGCGGGGGCUGGACGUGGCGGUGAAGUGGGUGCGGCCGGAGUUCUUCCGCUCCAACGCCAGCGGCGGCGAGGCCUUCUUCGCGCAGGAGGCCGACGUGCUGUCGCGGCAGCGGCACCCGCACGUGGUGCGCCUGCUGGGCGCGUGCCUGCGCCCGCCCGACUGCUGCUUCCUGGUGACCGAGCUGCUGAGCGGGGCCACGCUGGGGGAGUGGCUGCACGGGGGACGGGAGCGCCGCCCGCGGCCGCGGGAGUCGCCGCCUCCGCCGCCGCCGCCGCUGGUGGACAGGGUGAGCAGGGCGCUGGAGAUCGCGCUGGCCAUGCGGCACCUCCACGCGCAGACGCCCAGGGUCGUGCACCGCGACCUCAAGCCCAGCAACGUGCUCCUGGACGCUGAACUGCGCGCGCGGGUCACGGACUUUGGCCACGCCAGGUUCUUGCCGGACGGGAAGGAGGCGCUCACCGGCGAGACGGGGACCUAUGUCUACAUGGCUCCGGAAGUGAUUCGGUGUGAACCGUACACUGAGAAAUGCGACGUCUACAGCUUCGGCAUCAUGCUGAAUGAGCUGAUAACUGCAGAGCAUCCGUACAUCGAAACAAGUUAUGGACCUAGCAAGAUUGCGCUGAACGUUGCAAAUGGAACAUUGAGGCCAAAACUCCCAGAACGUGAUGCAUAUCCUACUGCCCUGACUGAUCUCAUCUGCCGAACGUGGGAUGCAGAGCCUUCAAGCAGGCCGUCAUUUGCCACUAUAACUUUGGCACUUCGAGAAAUCAAACAGCAAAUCGUGCAAUACAGAGAAUAUAACCAAAAUUAGAAUUAUGCAUAGACUUAUCUUGUAGUGAUUUUUUUUUGGAAAGAGGUGUUUGGUUUGUCGAAUGAUGUAAUGUAUCAUCAUCUCACUCUUUAGUUUUUUGUCUGGUUUGUUGAAUGGGAAUG